CUACGUUACCACUACGAUUAAUCUCGAAGCGACGUAUUUGUAAAUAUGGUUGACGUCAUCACGACCCCUCACCACCUCAUCCACUGCGUCCAGAGCCAGCUCGAGUGGCGGGCGCGACCGAUGACUUGGCUCUGCCCAAUAUAUUCGCGAGUACAAAAAGAAUCUACGUUGCCAUCUCGUCUUCCUGCAAACAAAACAUUCACAGAUACACUCGAUACUAUCUCCAUCAAACCACUGGUAUCUCAAACUAUAAAACACUCAAAAAUCACGCCACCCACCCACAUACGCCAAUAUGUCGGCCAACACUGUUUAUGUCAAGAACAUCUCGAGUGCGACCUCGAAGAAGGAGGUAACAGACUUCUUCUCAUUCUGUGGGAAGAUCAAGUCCAUUGAGAUCACCCCCAGCGCAGACACCCAAAGCGCAGAAGUUGUGUUCGAGAAAGAGACCGCAGCAAAGACAGCUCUCCUACUGGAUAACACCCAGCUUGGAAAGUCCCAAGUUUCCGUAACCGGUGCCGAAGGUGCUAAGGAGUUCGAUGAAACCCAACGCGAGAAGGACAGCGACGAGAUUACCCAGGAGGAGAAGCCCCGCUCCCGUAUCAUCGCCGAGUACCUCGCCCAUGGCUACGUUAUCGGCGACCAGGCUUCGCAACGUGCGCUCGACCUGGACCACAAGCACGGUAUUUCCAGUCGCUUCUUGACUACGCUCCAAAACCUCGACAACAAGUACAAGGCCACCGAGAAAGCCAAGUCUGCGGACCAAUCCUACGGUAUCUCCACCAAGGCUCAAGGCCUCUUCCAUAGCCUAGCAUCAUACUACGAGAAGGCCGCCGAGACACCAACCGGCCAGAAGGUCGUCCAGUUCUACUCCCAAACCCAGAAGCAGGUCGAGGAUAUCCACCGCGAGGCUCGCCGUCUCGCCGACCUCAAGAAACAGGAAGCUGGCACGACUACUUCCGCCUCUACGACACAAGAUGCUGCUACGCCACAGACGGCGUCGCUCGAUAGCACGAAGAUCCAGCCACUGGACUCUACCGCCAAAUAGUAAAUCGAAUACGGCAGCCGCGAAUGGAUUGAUUAUUGAAUCAAGUUAUGAAGUUCAAGUAUUUUGUCAGUUUGCUGAGCAAGGGGAUAUUGAUUUGGACUUGGGCACGCAAGAGCAUUUUUAAAAUUGCGUUAGGUAGUGGAAUGAAUACAUCUUGGCCAAUUGAAUUGUAUACAGCCUUCUGUACGUUGGGUGAUUGCAUUGCAGCUUUGUGCAUGUUGGAAAUCGAAUGGA